UAUUAUUAUGGUUUUUUAUCUGUAUUUUUUAAUUAUGCAUGUGUUCAAUUAUUGAGUUGCUGGUGAUUGGUUUUGCGUUGUUUUUUAUUAUUGUUAUUUGUUAUCUUCUGUCUCUCUGGACUUAGUUUUGUUGGAUUUAACGAGGGAUUUGUAUGUAUAUAGAAUAGGAUAUACGGUUUUGAUAUGAUGCGACGUUUAGCUGAAAUGAUUCUUUUUUUUAUUGGCAUCUCUGGGUUUGAAGAGAGUACAGUCAUUUAAUUCAACCCAAGCGCCUUUAAAAGCACAAACUCCUCUCCAAGAACAUCCCCGUCCUCCCUGCACAACACAUUACACCCGACAAGGCCCGCUAAUAUAGAAAAAACAUAAAUACACCAUUUAUGCAAAACCGCAAGACGAAUAAUUUGCGAGCGUAGUAAGUUAACUGAAGUCAAGAGCGCGAGGAUCCGGACAUCGCGAGUGUUUGGUGCCGGGACGCCGAGCUGUGACUCAAAAGACCUGAGAAAUACCCUGUUUUCCGCCGGAAUGACGCCCGAGAAGCGACCUGCCGAGGAGGAGGAGGAGCAGGAGCAAGCCAAGAAGCUGAAGGAGGACGAGGACGCCACGGCCUCGUCCUUGAAGGAGAGUGUGGAGGACGACACGAGCCAAGAUAGCGUGGCGUCGGACUCAGCCUCGGCCUCAGACCCCGAGAAAAAGAGACUAUCCCUACCGGAGGAACGUGGUACUCUUGUGUAUUUUGGCUGUGCACAAUGGGAGUUCAUUGGCAGGCGCAACCUCAAGAGCAUUCCAUCAAUGAUCCACUAUGUGCCACGGCGUAUUGCAUCCCUAAAGGGCAUUCGUGUGGCUUUUGUGACAUCACACUGCUCGGCCGCUCACUCGAUCAUCUUGACAGAAGAAGGCAAAGUCAUGGCGCUUGGCCGCAACGAGAAGGGCCAACUGGGUGUGGGUGACACAGAGAACAGAUCAGGUGUUGUGGCUAUGGACACAAUGUCAGAGUUCACAGUAGUGUCGGCUGCAGUCGGUCGCAACCACACACUCCUCCUUACUGACCGUGGUAGUGUGUUUGCCUGCGGAGAUAAUAAAUCAGGCCAAUGUGGCACAGGCACCACCACAGCUGUUAUACACACUCCCUGCAGGAUUGACUUUAAGGAGUCCAAGGUCCAGAAGGUUGCUUGCGGUGCAGAAUUCAGCAUGAUUGUUGACAGGAAAGGCUACUUGUAUUCCUUUGGGUUACCCGAGUAUGGGCAGUUGGGGCACAACACUGACGGUAAAUUCUUUAUUACCAGCAACAAGUUAUCUUACCAACAUGAGCGAUCACCCAGAAGAGUUCCCAUCUUUGUGGAACGCAGCAAAGACGGGCAUCCCACUCCCGUCACUGAUGUCCAGAUUGUGGACAUUGCAUGUGGAAGCAACCACACUGUUGCCCUUGAUGCCAAGAAAAGAGCCUUCUCAUGGGGCUUUGGAGGCUAUGGUCGGCUGGGCCAUGCUGAGCCCAAGGACGAGUAUAUCCCCAGGCUGAUCAAGUUCUUCGAUGGUCACAAUCGUGGGGUUGAGAAGGUCUAUUGUGGUUCCACUUUCACCAUAGCUGUCAGUGUAAUGGGCAUCUUCCUCUGGGGUCAAACCAAGCGCACUGGGGAGGCCAAUAUGUACCCAAAGCCCCUGCAAGACCUCUGCGGUUGGGAUGUGCGCUCUGUUGGCUGCUCCAUCACCUCCAUUGUGGUUGCUGCUGAUGAGAGUGUCAUAGCUUGGGGCCCGUCACCUACCUAUGGAGAGCUGGGUCUUGGUGAGAAUGUGAAGUCAAGCACGCAGCCCAAGGAGGUGAAAGCCCUGGAGGGGGCCCACGUGAGUCAGGUGUCAUGCGGGAUGGGCCACACCAUUAUGGUGGUGCGGGACGAGACUGAUAAGGACAAGGAAAUCUUGGAGAAGUUGAAAGAGAUUCCCCUCUAAGGAGGAAUUGCUUUUGGUAUUUUUUUUAUUAUUAUUAUUAUCUUUUGUUUUAUAUUUUUUUCUUUCUCUUUUUGAACAAUUAGAAAGACACUCCAGAAGGACCACUGUUGCAAACAUGUAUAUACGUACAAGUACGCAUAUAUAUCUAUAUAUCAGCCAGGUAUCAACCUAUUUUGUAUUUUGUUUCUUCUGAAAAAUAUGUAGCAAGUAUUACAAAGAAAAAAUAAUAAUUAAAGAAAGACAACAGUGUAAAACACAGUUGUUGGUACAAACAUAAAAGGAGAGGCAACAUGGCAGUUUUGUAAAUGAGGAAGGUAACGAGUUGGCUAAGGGAGAGUGGCGAGAACUGGCCUCAACUUGUGAUGCCAUUGACUUGACCAUUGACCUAGGAGUCCAUCUCUCCCUGGGUGCGGCUCUGAGUCGUUUCAGAACAGUCCCCUGAGUAGUUUUGGGUAGCUACCCCUUCUACCUCAUGCUAGGCUGAGGUUUUUACAGUAGAGUUAGGUUGCAUUCUGUCAUUUACAUCUAUAUAUACAUAUAUUGAUAAGGAAGACAGUACCUUGCUAUUCCACAGGUGGCUGAUGGAUUUUAUUGUUUUCCAUUUACUUGCAUUGUAUGUUUUUUCAUAUCCUUUUUUUAAUUUUGUCUUGAGCAGGAUCUCUUAUUUAUUGAUUAGUAGCU